CCAACCCAGUCACCUCUCGCAGACCGUCCGGGGCCCGAGACGAAGCCGUUUCUCUCUUCACCAGUCUCCCGGUCCUUGGACGCCCAUCGCCAAGUUAUUACCGAGUAUCCUCGAACAGAUCGUCCAAGAUGGCUAUGCAGGGCGACGGGCCAUGGGCUGUGGCCGUCAUGUGGAUUCUCACAGUCCUCACCUUCGCCUUUGUGGUCCUCCGCUUCUACACGCGCUCUGUCGUCGUGCAGAGCACCGGCAUUGAUGACCAUGUCUACAACUUCGCCUUCAUACUGCUCCUCUUCUACACCAUCUUCACCACCAUUUCAGCAACCUACGGCUUCGGCCAGAACAUGAAGGAUAUUCCAAACAUCGACGACAUUGUGCACGCCAUUUUAUUCGAAGCCAUUGGCCAGACCUUUGCCGUUGUGGGCAUGGCCGUUGCCAAGUGGUCUCUGGGGCUCUUCUUGUUGAGAUUGGUAACCCAAACCUGGCACAAGGUGGUCAUAUGGAUUACUAUGACGAGUCUGAUGGGCGCCUCGAUAUCUGUCUGCUUUGUAUUUUGGCUACAAUGCACGCCGCCCGCCUACUUGUACGACAGGCGAAUCCCCGGAGGUUACUGCCACAUCAACACGACGCCCGUAUCCUUUACACUGUGCAUUCUCUGUGUGUUGGCGGACUUCUUCUUUGCUCUUUUCCCUUGGUUCUUCCUUUGGAACCUGCAAAUGAACAAGCGGGAGAAGAUCGUCAUCGCCUCGAGUCUAAGCUUGGGCUUAUUUGCUGGUGCCUGCGGCAUAAAACGUACUGUCGAAGUCCCCAAUCUCAGCAGUCAAAACUAUCUUAAGGAUACAGUAGGGCUGAUUGUCUGGUCCGCCGCCGAGAUUGCCGUAACCAUGAUAUGCAUCGGCAUACCCGUCUGCCGGCCACUCUACAAGCGAUUUCUCGAUAAGCUGACCUCCGGCGGCGGCCGCCGAGGGGCUGGUGUGGACAGCAAGAACACGGGACCACGAUACGGCCUGCGCACCUUUGGCGGGAGCACCAUGCCCGGCGCCUCGCGAUGGGAGCCCGAGGGCGACACGGAGAGGGAGAGGGACACGGGAGACGAUACCGGCUCGGACACCAUCAGCAUGGAGGGUGGCAAGCCGCUGGGCAUCAACGGCCCAAUUACCGAAACCACGGCCGUAGCGGGCGGAGAUGUGUACCCGCCUGACAACGGCAGUCAGGAGGAGAUCCUGGGUGGUGACCGUAGGGUUGAGACCCAGGCUCAGGGGGAAGGCAGGAGGAGGAGUGAUAUGGAGACAGCCAAGGGUCAAGGGAAGGGGCACGUCGCGCCAAAGGCGAGCAUCCAGGUCACUGAGGAAUGGCGGGUUGAUAGGUCGUGAGCUGAUCGCUCAACAGUUUUGUUGGAGUCUUGGGCGGCGAGUCCCGUCCAGUCGUCAGGUCUAGAAGAUGGGAG